UGGAGGAGGAAGAGGAGGCUUUGCUGGCACCUGGUGGGGUGGCGUGAAGCGCAGCCGGUGAAAGGAAAGGAACUGCGGGUCAGUGAGCAAUGUCGGACACACGGGAGCAGGCUGCAGACCGGACGGUAUUCGUGGGAAAUUUAGAGACGAGGGUACGAGAGGAGAUCCUCUAUGAAUUGUUCUUGCAGGCUGGACCAUUAACCAGAGUGACCAUAUGUAAGGACAAAGAAGGAAAACCCAAACCUUUUGGAUUUGUCUGUUUUAAGCAUCAAGAAUCAGUAUCCUAUGCUAUAGCUCUGUUAAAUGGAAUCCGUUUAUAUGGUAGACCAAUUAAUGUGCAGUAUAGAUUUGGGAGUUCCCAUUUAGCUGAGGUCAAUAACCAAGGUGCUGAGAACUAUGUUAAUAUAAAUUCACAAAUAUGCAGAAAUGAAGAUGUCUGGUCAAGAUCAUUUCCCAUACAAACCUUUACAGCAAAUGAUGGUAACUUUACUCAGGAAUUUGGCUUUCAGAAUAUGCAAUAUCCUGUAUACAAUCUGAUGGCACAACCUUCAAAAUACCAGACGGCACCACCACUAGCUUCAAGCUUUUCUGUACUAUCCAUGCUAAAUCCUAUUUCAGAUUUGGAUGCUAGAUCAAGUUCUUUUGAAUUUGUUCACCAACCAAGUGACUGGGACUAUUACCUAGUGAAUAAAAGAAAAUGGCAUCCGGAAACUAGUGAUAGUAGCACAGAAGAUGACAUAGGAAAAGUAAGAGAAUGUAACCAAAAAUACAGGAGGUAUAAGAAGAGAAAAAGAAAUUAAUAUUGUGUUUAAAUGAAGAUUUAAUCUAGAUUACACUUGAAAGAAAAUUGCACUUUUGCACAUCUAGAAUAAUUAUUAUUUGUGACUUAUUUUUAAAUGUUAUUGUAUAACCACUUUGAUAUUGGUAUUUAAUGUCAUGCUUUGAAUGAAGAAAAGUUGAAAAUGAUGUAUCGACAUGCUUGUUAUCUAUUCUUAGGAGUUAGCGCAGCCUCAGCUAAAAAAAUACACUUUGUUCAUGGUAAUGGGUUUUUAUGGAGCCAAUCAAUCAAUCAAUAUUUAUGGAAUAUCUUCCCUGUAUAAGGCACCAUAUGUUAGUCAUUCUAUGUUCUCUACCUAGUUCUCUUUGUCAUCAACAAAUCAUAUUUGUAAGGACAGCAAUUUCCCCCCAACCCGAUACAUAAAGUUAAAGGUAAACAAAUGCAUUGUUUCUAAUGAAUAGGCUUUAUUCCUUUUCCUAACAGUUGUCAUAAUUAUUAUAUUCUUCGAUUCAACUUUGUUUGUUAUGGGUCUUUGAGAUUUGUGAGAUUCCAAUGAAAGGUUGAUAGUCACAAAACUGCUUAUUGGUUUUCUUGGCUUGUGGGAAUAUCAUUAGGUGUAUAUAUACAAACUAUACAGAUAAAGUAGAAUUUACAUCUUUGUUUUUAUUACUAAAUCAUAUGCAAAUUAGCUUUCUUUCAUAAGGUAUCACUCUUAACAAAUUUGCUAGCAUUUAGGGUAGAUUUAUUUUAAAUUGAUUUGUCUUGAUAACCUAAAUCCCUAUUAAGUGAACUUAAUCUUUUUUUCCAGUCUAUUCAAGUUUGAUAUCUCUCUAAAGCAUUUUGUUUUGCAACUCAGGUCAUUAUAGAAUUGAUAUUUCAAGAUAAAUCAGCAAAUAUUUAUUUUAGGAUAAGAGAUUAUGCCAUUAGGAAAAUGAAUUAAUUUAUUAAAUAAUUUACAAUAUUAAAUAAUUUACAAUGAAUUAUUAAUCAUACUUUAUAAUAAAUUACAUUUAUUACAUAAUUUUCAAAGUUGUAUCUUUUAUCAGAUUAAGUCUGUAACUACA